ACGGAAGAAAAGAAACCGUUUAUUUCGAUAAGAUAACUUCCAGAAUAUCCAAAUUAUGUUAUGGUUUAAAUUCGGAAUUUGUCGAUCCUGUAAAAAUAUCUCAAAAGGUUGUUAGUGGUAUGUAUCAAGGCGUUACUACCAUAGUACUUGACAACUUGGCGGCUGAAACUGCUGCCUAUUUGACAUGUAAUCAUCCCGAUUAUGCCAUCUUGGCCGCAAGAAUUGCAAUUUCUAAUUUGCACAAGGAAACGAAAAAACAGUUUAGCCUAGUUAUUCAAGAUCUUUAUUUUCAUAUUAAUCCAAUUCGUAGACUUCAUACGCCUUUAAUUUCUAAAGAAGUUUAUGAUAUUGUUAUGGAAAAUUCUGACAGGUUGAAUUCAGCUAUUAUUUAUGAUAGAGAUUAUGGUUAUAACUUUUUCGGAUUUAAAACUUUGGAAAAAAGUUAUUUAAUGAGAAUAGAAGGCAAAGUUGUUGAAAGGCCACAACAUAUGUUAAUGCGCGUUUCCAUUGGAAUUCACGGUUAUGAUAUUGAUGCGGCUAUUGAAACUUAUAAUUUAAUGUCUGAAAAAUAUUUUACUCAUGCGAGUCCAACAUUGUUUAAUGCUGGUACACCGAGGCCACAGAUGUCAAGUUGUUUUUUGGUACAAAUGAAAGAUGAUAGUAUCGAAGGAAUCUAUGAUACUUUAACAACGUGCGCCUUAAUUUCCAAAUCUGCCGGUGGUAUUGGCAUUAGCAUGUCAAAGAUUCGAAGUUCUGGAUCUUAUAUUGCCGGUACUGGAGGAACGUCUAAUGGUCUUGUCCCGAUGCUACGCGUUUUCAAUGAUACUGCGCGUUUUGUAAAUCAAGGCGGUGGUAAAAGGAACGGAAGUUUCGCAGUCUACAUAGAACCAUGGCAUGCUGAUAUUUUCGAGUUUCUUGAUUUGAGAAAAAAUACUGGCAAAGAAGAAAUUCGCGCACGUGAUUUGUUCCUCGGAUUGUGGAUCCCAGACCUUUUUAUGAAGAGAGUUGAAAAUUAUGAAGAUUGGUCUUUAUUCUGUCCUCAUGAAUGUCCUGGCCUUGAUGAAGUUUAUGGUCAAGCUUUCGAAGAAUUAUAUACUAAAUAUGAAAAAGCCGGUAAAGCACGUAAAACCAUAAAGGCACAAAAAAUAUGGAUUGCCAUAGUUGAUGCUCAAAUUGAAACUGGCAUGCCAUACAUGUUGUAUAAAGAUUCUUGUAAUGAAAAAUCAAAUCAAAAGAACCUUGGCACUAUAACGUGUUCAAAUUUAUGUACAGAAAUAAUUGAAUAUACAGCUCCUGAUGAAGUAGCUGUUUGCAAUUUAGCUUCAAUAUCAUUACCUAAAUUUGUUAAUACAAAAUUGAAAACUUUUAAUUUUGUGAAACUUCAUGAAAUUGCUAAAGUAGUUAUUAAGAAUUUGAAUAAAGUCAUUGAUCAAAAUUAUUACCCAGUACCUGAAGCAGAAAAAAGCAAUAAGAGACAUAGACCGUAUCCAUGGGAGUCUGUUGAAGCGUGUAACCUUAACCGGGAUAUUUUUGAAACUUUAUAUCAUGCAGCUCUUGAAUCAUCAUGUGAAAUUGCUAUUAAAUAUGGUCCUUACUCUACAUAUGAGGGCUCACCAAUUAGUAAGGGUAUCCUUCACCAUGAAAUGUGGGGAGUACAACCUUCAGAGCGAUGGGAUUGGGCAGGGUUGAAAGGAAAGAUCCGUCAAUAUGGAGUAAGAAAUUCCUUGUUGAUCGCACCGAUGCCUACUGCGUCCACGAGCCAAAUCCUUGGAAACAAUGAAUGUUUUGAACCAUACACAAGCAAUAUUUAUCAAAGACGUGUAUUAAGUGGGGAAUUUCAAGUAGUUAAUCAUCAUUUACUCAAGGAUCUUACUGAGAUGGGUGUUUGGAAUGAAGAAAUGAAAAAUGAGAUCAUUGCUGCUAAUGGAUCCAUCCAAGGUCUGGAAGAGUUGGACGAAAAUUUGAAAAAACUUUAUAAAACCAUCUGGGAAAUCCCACAGAGAGUUUUACUCGAUCUCGCAGCAGAUCGUGCGCCAUUUAUUGACCAGUCACAAUCAUUGAACGUAUUUCUCUCUGAACCCAGUAUCGCAAAAAUAUCAUCUAUGCAUUUUCACGCGUGGAAAAAGGGUCUUAAAACUGGCAUGUAUUAUUUACGCACAAGACCAGCUGUUGAUGCAAUUAAAUUUACAGUCGAUCAAGUAUCUUUGGCAAAGAAAGCAGAAAGAAUGAUAUCAUUAAAUAAUUCCGACUUCAAUAAUAAUUUAACAAAACGAGUAAGUCAAAUUAAAAUCGAAGAUGAGAAAGACGAUGAUGAAAAUAAUGACAUGGAUUUGAAGGCCAAAGCACUUGCUUGCUCGGUAUGA